AAAAACUAACCCUAAGCUCCUUGUUUUUCCGCUUCAAAGGUAGCCCCGAUUAUUGCUGACUUAAGCAUCGGAAUGUCUACCCCGAGGAUCCACCUUGGGGCUUUGCAGGUCAAUCCAGAGUGCAGAUACGGACUGAAGAGGGACUUCUGGUCAGCCCGAGGUGGAAACUCGUCUCAGCCUCUUGGACGAGGUCAGGUCCCUAGUAACCUUUCGCCUCAUCCCCCACCCCCAAUCCCAAAUACGUUCCCUCAUGUUGAUCAUGCAGAAGGAGAAGACGAAAAUCAACCACACAAUUCGGUUCACAACUCAGCCUCUACUGCUAACCAAGGCGUAGUUGCAACUCAGCUCGCUGCCAUGCAACAGCAGUUUGGUGUCUUUCAGUUAGUACUGGCACAGCUAUUAGCUUGGAAUAAUCCUGGUGAUCCACUCAUCAACCUGCUUAAUCCUGCUCCACAACCUCCAGCCCCACCACAAAUCCUGAACCAGUUCAACAUGCUUCGGCCAUUAGUGAAUCUCAGGGCCAAUCUCACUUUACGCCAUUUGCCUCCGAGGUCAAUCAACUCUUACACAGAGCUGGCAUCUGCUUUUGCCACAAAGUUUUCUAGUAGAAGGUUGAUCAGGAAAACCACUUCCGAGUUGAUGCGAGUUAAGCAGAGGGACGGAGAGUCUUUGAAAAAUUUUAUGAGCAGAUUCAAUGAUGCAGUGCUAGAGGUUAACUCUUUCGACCAAGCUGUGGGAAUUACAGCCGUGAUCUCAGGUCUUAGCCAUGAGAGAUUCCGAGAUAGUUUGCUCAAACAUCCUGCCAACACCUUCAGCGAGGUAAAUGAUAGAUCAUUGAAAUUCAUAACUGCUGAAGAAUAUGCCCUGUCGCAGAGUAUAACUCCUAUUAAGAACCAACACCCGGACUGGAGAGAUGAGAAUCCGAACAGGAAACGGAUGAAGACAACACAGAACCGAGGUCCGAUGUCGGCUUCCACCCUGAGACUCGGAAGGCCGAACUCCGCACCUCCGCAACAAUCUGCAGGUAAACCUCUAGUUAAUUGGACUUCUUUUAAUUUACCGAGGUCACAAAUCUUUAUGCAGAUUAAGAAUAAGAUGGACUUAAUACGUCCGGGUCCAAUGAGAACUGUUGCUGCUACCAGAGACCAUACCAGGUAUUGUGAUUUUCAUCAAGAUCACGGUCAUACAACCGAACAAUGCCAUAGUCUGAGGUCCGAGCUGGAAAGUUUGGUGCAGAAAGGAAUGUUAAAUGAGUACAUCCAGAGAGUUGAACAGCCACGGUUUGUUAGGGAACAAGGGACACAGCAUCAAGGAGUCCGCAAUCCCCCAAACAUGCAAGGUGUGGGAUAUCAGCAGGCCCCACCCCCACUCCCACCACCAGCUAGAGUCAUACACAUGAUUACGGGAGGUCUGGAGGCCGGUGGACUGAGCUCUAAGCAGCGAAAGCUGUAUGUCAGAGAGGUUAAGCACCAGAACCGAGCUCAAAAGCGAAAAUUUGACGAUGCUGAGUGGAAGAAUCAACCCAUCACUUUCACAUCUACUGAUCUCGAAAUAGUCGCUACACCUCACAAUGAUCCUCUAGUCACUUCUGUCACGAUCAACAAUUGUGAACGGUAUGAUGGUCCCAUCUACGGGUUCAACAACCAACCAGUUCCAGUUGAAGGAGUCCUCACCAAGAAUGUUGCAUUUGGAAGUGGCCGCAGUUAUGUGACCCCUUCAGUCAGGUUUCUGGUAGUCAAGAUGGCAUCCUCAUUCAAUGUCGUCAUUGGUCGACCCACACUGACUGAAAUCCGAGCUGUGGUUUCCCAAUCUCAUCUAUGCAUGAAGUUCCCAACUCUUACGGGAAUAGCAACGCUGCGAGGCAACCAGGAGGUGGCCCGGCAUUGCUAUAUCACCUCGGUAACACAACCUCAGAAGGGCAAGGCUCAGACACCCGAGAUUAAUCACAAACAGAUUCCUGAUGAUCGGCAAGUUAUGGGUGUUGAAAUAGUAGAUAACCGACCAGAAGAUGAAACCAGAGCUGCUCCAGUUGAAGAUGUGGAGGACGUACAGAUUGAUGAUAGAGAUCCGAGCCGGAAAACGCAAAUUGGGACUAAAUGGAACCCGUAGGAAAGAGUAGAGCUAAUAGCUUUUCUUCGGGCCAAUAAAGAUGUUUUUGCAUG